AAAUGCCGCUGCCCGCGAGGCGGAGCACGGCGUGCGCCUCUCUUUACCGCCCACAGCAGCAUCGCCCAAGAGCUUAGGACAGGCAGUCGGGAAGAGUGCCAUGGCCAGUUGAAAGCGGAGGGGGCAGUUUUAGUUUCUUGGUAAUGGCUGCAAAAGACCCCUGUAAGAAACAUGCCUGUGAAAUCCAAAAAUGUUUGCAAGCAAACAACUACUUGGAAUCUAAAUGCGAAGCGGUCUUCCAGGAGAUGAGACGUUGUUGCGCCCAUUACCCUAAGGGCGUAUCCCUCUCUUGUUCGGGCUUUAAAGGGGAGGGAAAAGAGAGCGAGAAGCAGGUACCAGAUUCCAACCCACCCCCCACUCUGAAGCCCUGAGGGAAGCCCGCUCUCUGGGACGGCCCGAGCAGCCUUACCUGCCGUCUACGUAGCUACCGCGCUAUACCUCAAAUCUGUUCUCUUGCACGGGAGGGCUACUCCCAAGACGCAAGCCAGCCGGCUCCUCUUCCUCCAGACCCUGACGGAAGGCCGGAAGGCAACAACAGCCCGUCGUCAUCGUCGGUCGAAAAGUAGAGCCCCUAGCACUUUUGUUGUCAAAACAAUGUUAACUGCUGUAGCCUUAUUGUAAAGUAGAUUGGAGUAGAAUGCCUUGAUUUGUUGAAUCGUCCUGUGUCCUUUUGUUCUAUUGUCCACAGAAGAGCAAUAUUCCACUGGAAGGUGAAAUCCAGCCUGUUUUUUUUGCUGGGCGUCAAAUUUCAGACCUAAUCUCGUUUUACGUGUGGUACGUGUAAGCUAAGUCCUUUGUUGAAACGCCAAGAUUUUACGCUCGCGAAGUCCUCGUUCCUCGCUGUGUUCGAAAGUUGUCCUUUCCCGCUAAACGGGAACGGGCUGGCAACUAAAGCCGAGAGAGCCAGCUUUUUAGCUCAGCGGUAGAGUUUCUCCGAGGUGCCCGUUUUUUUCGCCGGGCAAAGUUGAGACAAAGCCGCCUUUGGGCUUUCGAUUCAGUAGCGGUCAAAUCCAAUUGCACAAUAUUGGUUUUAUGUCACGCUGUGAUAGAAGCAGCUGAUGUUCAGGGAUAGCUACAUAUUGUGUGCGGUGUGGCCUCCUUUCCCUUAUUUGUAAAGCAAUAGGCACUUUUCUGGAAAGCCAGAGUUGCAAGUAUUAUUUUUAAAAUUUCAACGUUUUUGCUAUUGAUGCAGAUGAAAUCCCAUUUCUAUGACGGGAAUAAGAAUGUUAAGUGUAGCACUCCUUUCCUCUUCACACACACACCCAUUUAGACUGAAUCAAAUGUUUCCCCAAGGGAUUUUGAGCUCCCUUUACAACUCUCGCUGUUCUGUAUCUCCUGCCUCCUCGGUGUCGAAACCAUCACAAAAUAACUGCAAUGUUGUGUAUACUGUAAGCAAGCUUUUAGCAAAGCUGGUGGAAUGAGAUUCUGACCUUGUUGCAGUUCAAUAAAUACUCGAUCCAUACAAGGA